AUGCAGGCAUUCCAAUACGAAUCUCCAGCGGCUGGCCUACAGCUCCGCCAUCUCCCGAUACCCGAGCCCGGGCCCGGUUGCGUCCAGAUACGCGUCAAGGCAGCAGGGCUAUGCCACUCGGACUGCCACCUCAUCAAAGGACACGACGCCGUGCUCGUCAAGAGACCCAUCACUCUGGGCCACGAAGUAUCGGGUAUCGUCACCAAGGCCGGUGCCGGCGUGGCGAAGUACCGGCCCGGCGACCGCGUUGCCGUAUCGCUCCUCGCUCACCCUCUCGACUUGGAAGACCGGAGUUGGGCGAUGGCCAUCGGACUCGGGUUCGACGGCGGCUACGCCGAGUACGCGGUCGCACCAGCGAGCCGAAUCGUCCGGAUCCCCGACGGCGUCGCCUUCUCCGAGGCCGCCAUCGCAACGGACGCCAUGGCGACGGCAUACCAUGCCGUGAUGAUUGAAGCCGGCGUGCGUUCGGGGACGACGGUUGGCAUCAUCGGCAUCGGCGGUCUCGGAAUGCACGGUCUCGGCUUUGCGUCACUCAGCGGCGCCAACGUGUACGGUGUCGACAUUGUCGAAUCCAAGUUCGCGCACGCCAGACGGCUCGGCGCUCGGGGGUGUUUCACGAGCCUCGAAGACGCCGGGGGGGACGUGGUCUUUGACGUUAUGGUCGACUUUGUCGGCGCGCAGGAGACCACGAGUUCGGCGCUCAAGCGCGUCAAGGAGGGAGGCAAGGUCGUCGUCGUCGGGCUGGCGGCGGGGAAACUAACCAUCUCGAGCACCGACCUGAUCGAACGCAGCAUCAGCCUGGUCGGGUCGUUUGGCGCCAGCGAAUCGGAUCUGAACAACGUCCUGGGGCUGCUGGCUAGGAAGGAAAUCGAGCCGCAGCUAGAAGAGAUUCCUUUCGCAAGUAUCCCGGCCGGGCUCGAUGCCUUGGACAAGGGAGAGGUCCAAGGGCGGCUCUGGGCGGACCCGAGCAAGCUCGAAAGAGGGAGGCUCUAG